UUUUCAGUUUGGAAUAUGUUGCGAAUUCUUGCGAUUGCCACAAUAUGUGCGACUGCUCAGCCGAAUGGUUUAACAAGUCUGCCGGAGCGCCAACCCUUUACAUCGGACUUCUUCUUCCGUCAACUUUUCGAUGAGGAGAGCAGUACCUACAGCUACUUGCUGGCGGAUCUGAAGACUGGCGAGGCCGUGAUUAUCGAUCCUGUGCUGGAGCAGGCCAAGCGAGAUGCCCAGCUGGUCAAGGAGCUGGGCUUCAAGCUCAAAUAUGCCAUCAACACACACAUGCACGCGGAUCAUAUCACGGGCAGCGGCUGGUUGAGGGAGCUGACUGGCUGCCAGUCGAUGAUUGCCGCCGCCAGCGGAGCCAAAGCGGAUCUGUAUCUGAGGGAGGGCGAUCGUAUUGCAUUUGGAAGCCAUGUCAUUGAUGUCCUAGCCACUCCGGCCCACACCAAUGGCUGCAUGAGCUACGUGAUCAAGGAGCAGGCCUGCGUCUUCACUGGCGACACGGUUCUGAUACGCGGCUGUGGACGCACAGACUUCCAGGAGGGCAGUUCAGAAUUUUUCUACGAAAAUGUCCAUACCAAAAUCUUUACACUGCCCGAUAGCUAUCGCAUCUAUCCGGCUCACGACUACAAAGGACAACUAGAGAGCAGCGUGUGGGAGGAGAAGCGCUAUAACCCCCGUCUGACUAAGGAUCUGGAGGAGUUUAUUCAAAUCAUGGAUAAUCUUAACUUGUCAUAUCCCAAUAAGAUAGAUGUCUCGCUGCCUGCCAAUCGAGAGUGCGGAGUCUACGAUAUACCAAAGGAGUAGUCCAUUAACAAAAAUAUAACGUUAAUUUAAU